AUGACUUUACACUUUGUAGGUGCAAAGUGCAUACCAAACGAUAGGAUGACUUUGGUCAGUUCAUCCGAAAACACCUGCACCUUCUCCUCCCCUUCGAAAAUGUCGUCUGCGUUUUCCAGCUCGACAAGGGGUGCCUCAUUUACGCACCUUGUGUUUUAUUGCAUUAUUUCAACAGCCAUCGCUGUGUCCCUUCCUUUUGAGAGCUCCAGCUUCUCCAGGUCCCUCUCCUGGUCCACAGAUCAAUCGAAACUUUUGAAGACUCCCAAGAAGCAUACCAAACUUGUCUGUCUUCGUUUGUAUACACAGCGCAAAUUCCAAGGAUCCUGGUCUGACAUUUGUUCGAGCAAUGAGGUCCUUAUGGUGCAGAGUAUCUUCAACACAAGAUCGGUUUGUGCGCCUCAAGGGAAAUGGCCAGACUCAAACACUUACUGGCUCUUGUUCGAGCGGCCAUACUUCAUCGGGUCCUAUGUGAUGCUAUCACCAAAUGACUGCGUUCGUAAUUUACAGAGCUCCUUGAGUACAGUCGGAUCCGUGCUGAAGUGCACAUCCUCUGGACUGAAAAUUAGCUGUGUGUAUCCUCCAAAACCAUGGCUAGGGUUUGGGUCGUAUAGCCAAACCGAACUAGAAGCUCAAGAACAAGAAGUGGAAGGUGUUAAGUCUGAAAUCAGUGCGAGCUGGUCAAGGACAGGACAAGGAGAACCUGAAACAAAGUUCACCUCUGUGGAUCUAAGCAGUGUGGAACAGGGAGGAGUCAGCUGGAAGCUUCAGGACAGUUAGGCCUCGCUUUGAAUUUUACAGUAUUGCAACUAAAACUUGUCGUUAUUUGACAGCUUUUAAACAGUGACACUUUCUACGCUCA